AUGAUGCUUUUCUAUUCUGAAUAUCAUAUUGAUGGAUACUUGCCUGAUCUGUCUACAUUAUCAGGUUGUCUUUAUUUGAUGGCAAAUAUUGUUGGGACGGUUGCAGAUAAGGUUGCUACUAAUGUUGGAACUAAUGUGACAAACUAUUUUGCUGGACGAAUAAUCCGCGAAAUACAAUACUUGUUCUGUAUUGAUAAUCUAAUCGAUGAUCUUGAAAAUGAAAAGAUGGCGCUAACCUCUGAAAGAGACAGCUUGAGAGCUCAAAUUGUACUAGCAAAGGAGAGAACUGAAGUUAUUGAAGAACCAGUAGUGAAGUGGUUGAAUGAUGUGGAAAAUCUCCUUCAAGAGGUCGAGGUUCUUCUGAAGAGGACGGAGAGUGACAACAACUGCUUUCAAGGAUGGUUUCCAACAUGUGGAAGAUAUAUUUUGUGCAAGCAAAUGGCAGAGAUGAUAGAGGAAAUCGAAAAAUUCAAUGGCAAAAGGUUUAAAUGUAGUGACCAAAUCACACUGAAAUUAAAAGAUUGCAGGCAGUUGCACAUCUUUUUUCCCAGUGAAUGUAAGUUACAAAAUCUUAAGAUCCUCAGGUUACAAGAUUGCAGGACUGAUGAAGUGCUUUUCUCAGCAUCUGUUGCUCAAAAUCUGCAGCAACUAGAAGAACUAAGAAUAACAGGUUGCAAUGAAUUGAAGCAUAUAAUUGCUGCAAGUGGAAGCGAACACGAUGGCUGUAAUACAAGUGAGGAAAUAAUUCCAACUUUAAUGAAUUCUCAUUUUCUGAUGACCAAUCUAAGGGAAGUUAACAUUCUCGAUUGUGGAAGUUUAGAGUCGUUAUUCCCAAUUUGUUAUGUUGAAGGACUUAAACGAUUGCAAAACCUGGAAAUAGUAUUAUCUCCUAAGCUGGAAUAUGUGUUUGGUGAAUAUGGUCAUGAACACUUUUCAUCUCACCAAUACGAGAAGCAGGUCAUGCUUCCUCGUUUGGAAUCUCUCAUUCUCUUUCAUCUUGACAAUUUCAUUGGGAUGUGUCCAAAGAAUUGUCAAGCAAAGUGGCCAUCUCAGACUCUGAGGACAGUGGCCAUAGUUGAUUGUCCAAAAUUGGAUGUACCAUGGCUGAAUUUGCAGGUUGGCUAUGAUAAGAGACAACAUCAUCAUCAUCUGAAUGAAAUUUGGAGUUUCCAAUGUCUUCAGCAUUUAUCAGUAGGCAAUAGUGAAAAAUUGAAAUGUUUUUUCUCCAUGGAAACACAUAGAAGCCUACCAGAGUUGAUUGAACUUAGAGUUUACGAUUGUCAAGAAUUGGAACAAAUUGUUGCAGCAAGCGAAGAACUUGUGCAGCUUCCCAAUGCUGAAGUUUAUUUUCAGAAGCUAGAAUCAAUGUAUGUCAAUAACUGCAACAAGUUGAAAAACCUUUUCCCUCUUGCUAUGGUCAGAAUGCUUCCACAACUAAGCACACUUACUAUAACAAAUUGUACUCAACUUGAAGAGGUUUUUAGACAUGGCCCCGGAGGAGACAAUAUUAUCGGGGAAAAGGAAGUUGUGCUUCCAAACUUGACAGAUAUAAAAUUGGAAGAUCUACCUAAUUUUGUAGAUAUCUGCUAUGGUUAUAAGUUACAUGCAGUUAAACUUCAAGAACUCCGCAUAUAUAACUGUCCCAAAACUGUUGCAAAUUUAAAAAACUUCAGGUGA